GGUACAUCACUAACAAACGUCAAAAAAAAACAAUCGUUACUUUGUCUGUGGUACAAAACACCUGCGAAAAUAUUUUUGUCGUUGCUGUGUGUCGCAAAAAGGAAGAAAAAUAUUUAUUUGCAAUCAUGAACGUGCGCGAAGAAGACCGUCAAAAGAACAGCUGCCCAAGCCGCGGUCUCGGACUGGCGGCCGCGGCGAUAGGCGUCGGUGUUGGGGCCGCUUUGUACUACUUCUUCAGCAAGCGGCCAGAGAACCCUGAUGGUGAAGGUUCCACCACCAGCGGAUGGACGUGCGAGCAACCUCACGCCUUUAGCGAACAAAUGUCCGAACUCACCGAACACGAUGACUCAUACAUCACCAUAUCCGAGAACAGCACUAGCGAUACAAGCGUCCACGAUUCAAACACAGACUCCGAAGAUUCAGAGGAAGAAUGGGUACCUGACAGUUCAAAUGAAGAAUCAAGCGAGGCCAGCACAUUUGGUUCCAGUGCUGCAUCGUCAGAGUAUUCUAUUGACGAUUCCGUCACAGAAUUUGAUGCAUAUACUUCUCAAGAAUCUGUGGGAAAUUUUGAAAGCAGUCAAAACAGCGAUAUCUAUGAUACAACAGAUUAUUUGAGAAUGCCGCAGUUAUUCUCAGAUUCUGAUACUAUGGACUGGGACGUUACCACUUCGUCCAUUGAUGUGCCUGUGUUUGAAUUUCCACGGAGUCCUGUGUCUGGAUUUAAUAUAAUACAGGCUGCUAGAAAUUUGAUGAGCAAAGAGGAGGAAUCCCUUAGGCAGCAAGCUUUGUAUGAGGAGGCACAAAUUAGAAUGCUAAGGGAAGAGGCAUACCGCGAGCGCUCGUGGUCCCUCGAAGAGUGUUCCAUCUGUUUCGACAUAAUACUGAAGGAUCAGCAGGUGACGACCCUGCCGUGCACGCACCACUUCCACGCGGCGUGCAUCGCGCCCUGGCUGCAGGAGCAGCAGACGUGCCCCAACUGCCGGAAGGCUGCCGAAUGAUAAGGAACCAAAGACAUCAACAGGUGGAGGCUAGCCUACCCUGGAGGAAGCAGUCUUAGAGGACAUCUAGAAGAACCAACAAGAUCAGAUCAAUUUGAACUUUAUGCUGUGAAGAUACGGUUGAAACCAACGAAAAUAUAUUUUCCUAA